CGAGUGAGGCGCAUUUCCACAGACUGGGAGCGUCGGGACUUUGCGCACACGGACUGAACUUUUGAGUCUGAACUUCCAGCGGCUGGUUGAUCAUGCUCAGCGAAGAAGAAAGAGGAGAAGUGAAAUAAAAGAGCCGGACCGGAUGUGACUCAUUGUAAUAUUCUUCCUUUGAAUAUGAUUUACUGACAGGGAGCGCGCUCCUCCGAGCUGUGUGUGGGAUUUAUGGUUGACCCAAGAACCUUAAACAUUCGCGCUGUAGUCUUUGCUUCGGUUGAACUGAUAGCCUAACUCUUAAACUUUGUGAUGGAGAGCCACAUGUCGGUGUUAUGGAUGCUGCUGUGUCUGCUCCUGCGGCCAUCCUCGACACAGAACCCCGCACCUGAAGGAGUGCUGAACUGCUGCGAGGGUGACGUCCUCUUCCUACUGGAUUCUUCGGGCAGUGUGUCUUCCUACGAGCACUCCCGCAUGCUCGCCUUCCUGUCUGAGCUCCUCCUCCCGUUCUCUCUGGGGGAGGACCAGGUGAGGGUGGGACUGCUGCAGGUGGGCACCAAACCACGCCUUGAGUUUGGCUUUGACUCCCAUACCACCCAGAGCGGCCUCCAGGGGGCUUUGAAGAACACCAAACCUCUGAGGGGGGACACCAACACAGUGGAGGCGCUGAGGAUAGCGAAGGACAGGGUGCUAAGACCCGGAGCGGCAGACGGGGCCAGGGCAGGGCUCCCGAGGGUGCUGGUGUGGUUGACAGACGGGGUAAAACCGGGUGAUGUGGUUGGACCAAUGGCGGAGCUGAGAGACCAGGGUGUGGCUGUGCUGGUGGUCUCCACUGGGCAUGGCAACUAUCUAGUGUUGAGGGAAGUGGUGACCCCGCCUGUGGAGGAACAUCUGCACUUUGUGGACAUCGAUGAUUUGAGUAUCAUCACAGAGGACCUGCGGAACGCCAUCAUCGAGAUCAUCCGAGCUGAGCGAAUCAGCGUCCGCGACAUCUCCACCAACACCGCCACGCUGCAGUGGCGACCCGUUCUGUCCGGUCUGACGGGAUUCUACGAGAUUCGUUUCGGCCCUGUGCCUACGGGUGGAACAGGAGCGGGCGGAACAGGCGGAACUGGGACCAGCCCGAGCACUGGUGGAAGUCAGUACCAGAGAAUUACCCAGAAUGCAGAUUCCAGCACCACCAGGCUAACAGGCCUGAAGCCUGACACCACCUAUACCGCCACUCUGACGCCAGAGUCCAAUGAACAGUCCUUUAACACGCUCUUCGCCACUUUUACUACAAAGCCAGAGUUGCUGAGCCCGGCGACCGUGACGAUCUCUGACUCAGGCCCAACCAGCGUUCGGGUGAGUUGGGGUCCUGUUCAGCCUGACAAGGUCACAAGUUACUACAUCGAGUACUCAGCCCUGCCAGGGGGGAAGCUCAAUGCUGUCACAGUGGGACGCACUCAAAACUCCACACUCCUCAGAGACCUUCAGCCUGAUACCACUUACCUCGUCACCAUUACUGCCCGGCACGCUACCGGCAAGGAGAAGGCCAUGUCUGUCAAAGUGUGCACUGAGGAAGUGACUCCAGCCCUGGCAGACCUGCAGCUGACCACGGUGGGGAGCGACUCGGUGCAGGUGGACUGGAAGGGCAGUGUAGCCGGUCUGAGGGGCUACUGGCUCACCUGGGAGGGGCAGCAGAACUCAAUACCUGACCAGCGCUCCUCCCUCUAUUUGCCGCCUGACUCUCUGUCAACGCGCCUUUCACACAUCCCUCCUUCAGCAAGAGUGUGUGUGUCGCCCAUUUAUCGGACAGCGCGGGGAGAGGGACUGUGUUGCACUGCACAGUUUCAUUCAGAUGCAUUAGCAUAUGGCUACCAAUCAUAGCACUCCUGAACUGCAAGUGCACCUUACCAAACAUGGAGGGACGAUUGGCAAGAAGAAUGCUGACUUUCAUCCAUAAUUCUUUUCCUGCCUCUCCCCUUCUGUGGACAUCCUCGAGGAGGGCUGUGUGGUUUGGCUCACUGAGCGCUAACGUGGAAGCCAUAGACACUUAAUAGUGGUCUGGGACAAUAUGACCACAUGUUGACUGCUACGAUCUGCAACACAGAGGACCCUUUGCUUUCCCGUUUCUGUGUCUCAUCUGGUUAACACCUGCAGUAAAUGUAUAACACUUCAGUUAAAAGAUGCAAACUUUCAAUAUUACUUAGGCCUGUUUCGCAGUUACAGAGCAGGGCAUGCUGGGAAUGUUGGAUGUCUUAUGUGGCUUGUUUAGGAGAAAAGGCUUUCUUGCCAUAUGUGGGCCUGAAGCCCGACACUGCAUAUUUUUUCCAACUCCUGCUAACACUCAGAGCACAUCUGAUUUACAUUUAUAAUGGAUACUUAUGACUUGUACUUAAAUGACUUCUCUCUUUGCACAUGCUCCAUACUCGCAUGUGUGCACACUGGAGCGCCGCAUUACAACGUUCACAUCCCUAAUAACAGGAUCUUCAGGAUCGCUUUGAACUUUUCCAAAAUUACAAACAGACAUGCCCUGAAACUACGGAGAUGCUGCAUCUUUUUACCCAUGAGUUUUACUGAGAGAAGGUCUCUGCAUAGAUCUAUCGUUCAUAUUUAUUAAUCUGUAUUCGUGUAAGUGUAAGAAUUAAUAGCAUUCAUACUGUAUUUACAGGCAGGAAGUUUACAUUUUAAGACUGUUACCUUUUUUUUUAAGGCCGGUCUUUGCUGCCACCUACUGAAAAGAUCUUUAUCGUUGACUGUUAUCUUCUGAAAGCAAAUGUAAGGUUUUAUGACUGUUCACCACUUUUGAAUUUUAACAUGAGCUUGCAAUAAAGGCCUUUAAUAAUUUUGUUUAUA